GUGUGAUCUAUAGGAAGCGUUGCUCUCUGUCAGCGCAUCUUCAGACUGUGUUGACACCACAGAUCCGCCGUGGACAUUUAGACAGCAAUAAUAUGGUGUAACAAAAGCUGUCAGAAAGAAGAAAUAGACUCAUUUACUCUAUGUGGGAGCUUGUAUAGGACUGCUGAAGACACUGAGUGAGAGAAGCCUUCUAGACUAAUCACAAUGUCUAAUAGCAGCCGAGUGAACAGCCCUACGGAGGAGACCUGUCUCACCCCGGACCGGUCUCCAGGUCCUGAAGAACCCCAGGAUGAGUAUACAAGGCUGGGAGAGAAGACGGGAACAACUUUCAUUCAAACCCUGAUCCACUUGCUGAAAGGCAACAUUGGCACAGGACUGCUGGGACUUCCUCUGGCUGUGAAGAAUGCAGGGCUUGUGUUGGGGCCUAUAAGUCUGCUCGUAAUGGGUGGCAUUGCAGUUCACUGCAUGGACAUUCUGGUGAAAUGUUCUCAUUAUCUCAGUGGCAGGAUGAGAAAGCCUUUCCUGGACUAUGGUAAUUGUAUGCAGUAUGGCUUGGAGGUGGGGCCAGUACCCUGGUUGCAAAGACAUGCAAUCUGGGGAAGGCGAGUGGUUAAUGCCUUUUUGAUGGUCACUCAGUUGGGCUUUUGCUGUGUGUAUUUCGUCUUUCUCUCUGACAAUAUCAAACAGGUCAUAGAAUCGGCAAAUGGAACGACCGUAGACUGUCAUUUAAACCAGACGGUUGUGAUGGCCAGCACCUUUGACUCCCGGCUGUACAUGCUGUGUUUUUUGCCGUUUAUUAUUCUGCUGGUGUUCAUCCGAAACUUGAAGUACCUGGCCCCUUUCUCAAUGCUUGCAAACCUUGCCAUGAUUAUCAGUCUAGGCAUGAUCUAUAACUACAUCGUAUGGAAUAUCCCUUUUCCUGUUGCUUUGCCGUAUUUGGGCGAAUUGAAGAACUACCCUCUCUUCUUUGGCACGGCCAUAUUUGCAUUUGAAGGCAUCGGAGUGGUGCUCCCUCUUGAAAAUAAGAUGAAGAUGCCUCGAUCGUUUCACAAGGUUCUGUACUUGGGCAUGGCGAUUGUAACCUGCCUGUAUAUCAGCUUGGGAACGCUGGGAUACCUCUGCUUCGGAGACGGCAUCGGAGCGAGCAUCACGUUAAACCUGCCAAACUGCUGGCUGUAUCAGGCAGUGAAAAUCCUCUACAGCUUUGGGAUUUUCAUCACCUAUGCCCUGCAGUUCUACGUGCCUGCUGAAAUCUUGAUCCCACGAGUAGUUGCCCGGUUGGAGGAACGAUGGGCGUGGGCAGCUGACCUUGCCGUCCGUGCAGCGCUAGUUACCUUCACCUGUGUCCUAGCUAUCCUGGUUCCAGAGCUUGAUCUCGUCAUCUCUCUGGUGGGCUCCGUCAGCAGCAGUGCCCUGGCUCUCAUCUUCCCUCCCCUUCUGGAGAUCCUGACCUUCCACAGCGAGGGGCUGCCCUGGUGGGUCAUCUGCAAGAACUUCCUUAUCAGCAUCAUUGGCCUGGUGGGCUUCGUGACCGGGACCUAUGUCUCCAUCGAGCAAAUCAUCCUCCGGAAUUCUGCCAGAGACGUGCUCAAUGGAACUCUGUCCGGAGUGCACUAAUCCGGGCAGUGUCAGGUUUUCAAGCUCCCUCUGGGUUAGACCUGAUGGUUUCUAUCUCAAAGCGCCUCGCGCUCCACCUGUCAAAAGGGUUAUCAUUUCAGAUUUAAAAUGCCAUGUCAGGAAAACAUCAUUCAUCUUUUUUUUCAAGUUUUUAUUUAUUUUUUUAUUUAUUGACCUGAACGUUUUUAUUGAAAUUGUCUGCCAGUUUGAAAUAAUCAGUGUUGUCUUCUGUAUAAAAAUCAGCUUUAAUAUAACUUCAGAAAGUUUUGACUUCAAAGUGCAAUAUAAUAUUAAGUUAUUUUGAAAUAGUAACCGGUUGAGUUUCACAAAGAAUCGAAUUGAAAAAGACACAUCAGGCCAGUAUCUUGUAAGAUAAGCCAGACUGAUACUUCUGUGAAUAAGUUUUAGACAAACAGAGGUGUGAUGUAUAUCCUACAAGAGAGCUAAAUCAGACGGGCAGGAGGAAAGUGCCUGAAACUUGGAGGAUGCAAUAGUAAUCCUGCCUUGCUGUAGAUCAGGGGGUGCCAUGCUCAUCUCUUCAUUGCAUGCCAAAUGUACCGCAAUGUUGUCAUUGUGUAGUGUUUUGAUCGCGCACUAAAGUAAACCUCUGUAUUUGCAUUCCUUGUUGUUUUUAUUUUUAGUAAGGUGCUUUAGUUUUUUUUAUGUAAAUUAUGCCAUGUGUCUGUUUUUGUGUUUGUUCUGUUAAGAUGAACCAUCACUGUUCUUCAUGAUAAAGGGAGUUGCAAUAUAGGUUUUACACAAAACACUAUUUCAGUUCUGCAUUGCAGAAGUUAGAGCUGAGGAUCCUUGGAUCCAGUUUAUAUAUUUUUGUUAGCAUGGAAAUGUACAUUUAUUCUUGUUGCUUGCAGAUGAAAGGUUUCAUUUGAGCUGCAGGGGUUUUAGUAAGACUGUCAGCACUUAGCUGAUCAGUUGCUAGCUCUGCAUUUUAACAGACUUUUCCUCUGGUGCCCAUUGUCAUUUCUAUUCUAACCAAGGUUUACCUACAAACGUGUGCUAUUCUACUCAUCGGGUACUGUGGCCAAGCAGCGUGUCCUAUUUUACAUUGAAACCACUGAAGUGGCAUGCUGUGUCUGCCUCUUAUACUGCUAGUGGGUGUCGUUAAGGGCAGGGGGUGUAUAUCCCUGGCAAGGGGUUUGAGUUGGAGAACCUCCUACAUUUGGAGGUCAUGGUCUCUCUGUCCGUUUCUUGUUUUUUCUGGGUACGCACACUCUUUACCUUUUCAAUUGUUUUUGCAUUGAUUUAUUUAACGCAAUUCAUUUUUAAAUGUGUUCAAAAACAGGUUAAUUAGAACUAGAGAUAACCCUGACACCAUGAUACAAAAUAUAAAAAAAACCCAACAAUUUAAAGUGAUAGGACAUAUCAAACCUACAACCCGUGUCAUUCAGGGUGGACUCAUUUUUUAUAUCUUUUCAUGGGGGGGUUACAUCUAAUGGUACAUGUAUUUUUUUAUAGUGUGUUUUUUUUUUUUUUAUUUAAUUUUAUUAUGCCGUUGUAAGUACAUAAUAAAUAUAUAACUACUUGUACACAAAUAUAGGAAAAAUAGAAAGUAAUCUGGAUGUAUAAUAUUGUGUACUGAAGACCUUGCUGUUUUUUAUUAUGACUGCUUUGCUUUCUGGUUCUCUUGUAUAGUUUACUGUGCGCGUUGCCUUAUUUACUUGUUGUAAUCUGUGUGUGGGGUGGAGGAGGGAGCUGAGCUACUGGAGUUGCCCUGGACGGGGCAGGGCCAGGGAGGAGGGCAGUGUAUUUGGAAUCCUUUCUGAGUCCAGUACAGAUGUAAGAAGAUGACAUCGUGGAGGACCAGGGAGGGAUUGCAAGUAGUCUAAGUGCCUGGCUUGCUUGGCUGUACCAUUUCUUAUUAUCCCUUCGAUUUCCAGCAGUGCAUGGCUAGUUACGUUGUAAGACUUUUCACCAAACUUUUCUCCACCCCCUCGCCCCCCAGUACUGUUAUUUGAUGUUUUCAGUCAAGAGGUACGGCAUUAUUAA